UUUCAACAACACACAUUUUUGAAACCCUUAUUUUUUCUGAAUCUUAAAAUCUGUGAAUCGAUUGAACAUAAACUAUCAAUGAAUUGCACAUAACCUCAAUAAAACGAAAUUUAAGAUGAGAAUUUAAACAACCAUGAACGAGGUGAUUUUUCUCAUGAGUGUCAAUUCUAAACAUGUGAAAUACCAACUUUUCAUUUUUGUUUCAAAAUUCAAAAAUAUUAUUUAGAAUUUUUUCUGGUCUUUCAACUUACAUACAGAUAUUAAAUUCAAAUACACAAUGCAAACAAGGAAACGUAUUUUCUAUCUUUAUGGAGACAAAUCUUGUCAAGUACAUCAAGGAAAUAAUUAUUAAAUCAGCAACUUUACAAGGCGUAAUUGUAGACCUUAAAAUGUUCAAAAGAAAAUGAAAAAAAGUAUUUAAACAUGUUAAAGUUAUACAGAAACAAGUAGAUAGAUUUAUAUUAAAUGUAAUUACUACCGAAAUGCGGAUUUGUCUACUCUUUAAAACUUUAAAUCUGGUUUAAUAUAACCACCUGUUGUGUCUAUAACACUUUAGAAUAUUUUGAUCAAGUACUGUAUUUGUUUGUACGUCUAUGUUUUGGAGUUACGGUUGUUUGUGGUUGGUGUGAUGAGUUAUAUUUGUUUUUUACGUCUAAGUUUUGGAGUUGCCGGUGUUUUUGGUUGGUGUGAUGAGUUGUAUUUGUUUAUACGUCUAAGUUUUGGAGUUGCGGGUGUUUGAGGCUGGUGUGAUGAGUUGUACUUGUUUUUACGUCUAUGUUUUGGAGUUGCGGGUGUUUGAGGCUGGUGUGAUGAGUUGUACUUGUUUUUACGUCUAUGUUUUGGAGUUGCCGGUGUUUGGGGCUGGUAUAAUGAGUUGUACUUGUUUUUACGUUUAUGUUUUGGAGUUGCAGAUGUUUGUGGCUGGUGUGAUGAGUUGUACUUGUUUUUACGUCUAUGUUUUGGAGUUGCAGAUGUUUGUGGCUGGUGUGAUGAGUUGUACUUGUUUUUACGUCUAUGUUUAGGAGUUGCAGAUGUUUGUGGCUGGUGUGAUGAGUUGUGCUUGUUUUUACGUCUAUAAUUUGGAGUAGGCGGGAUUUUGUGGCUGGUGUGAUUAGUUGUACUUGUUUUUACGUUUUAUGUUUUGGAGUUGCUGGUGUUUGAGGCUGGUGUGAUGAGUUGUAUUUGUUUUUACGUCUAAGUUUUGGAGUUGCAGGUGUUUGAGGCUGGGGUGAUGAGUUGUACUUGUUUUUACGUCUAUGUUUUGGAGUUGCCAGUGUUUGUAGCUGGUGUGAUGAGUUGUAUUUGUUUUUACGUCUAUGUUUUGGAGUUGCCGGUGUUUGUGGCUGGUGUGAUGAGUUGUACUUGUUUUUACGUCUAUGUUUUGGAGUUGCGGGUGUUUGUGGGUGGUGCGAUGAGUUGUAUUUGUUUUUACGUCUAUGUUUUGGAGUUGCAGAUGUUUGUGCCUGGUGUGAUGAGUUGUAUUUGUUUUUACGUCUAUGUUUUGGAGUUGCGGGUGUUUGUGGCUGGUGUGAUGAGUUGUACUUGUUUUUACGUCUAUGUUUUGGAGUAGGCGGGUGUUUGUGGCUGGUGUGAUGAGUUGUACUUUCUGAUAUGUUUGAGUAUCCUGUUUAUGCAUUGUAUCAGUGGCGCUUUUGGAAGGACCAACCAAUUACGUAGCUGAAGCUCAUCCCCAAAAAUUCGGGUUCGGUCGUUUUUUCUUAUUGCCGAUUGUGACAUUUUGACUGAGUGUGGAUUAGCAUAUUGACGCAUCCUGUCCAGCUUUUAUUAUUAUUUUUUUCCCUCAAUUUUUGUUUGUUAUCUUCAUUUGUCUUCUCAAUCUAUUAAUGAGAUUUGAAUAUCGGUAAGCCAUGUCUGCUUAUUUUUCAAAGGGUUAUUCAAAUUUUCAAAGGUAUUUCAACGUUAUACAAAACGUAAAUUUUCAGCGAAUAGAUGCAUCAAUGUUAUUCAAUCUCAUCUCAAUAGUUGUUUCUACUAGACUGGUGAUAGCGUCGAAAGGAAUUUCCACCAGACGUGUCGUCGACACAAGGAUUGUACAAAGUCGUCAACGAUUCGUAUACUUAGCUUUUGAUAGUAUUACUACAUGUAUUUACUCGUUUCGCCAAACAAGUAAGAUCACCUAGCUCAGAGUAAAUAAAGUCGUAGCAAAAAGCAAGUAAGAUCUAUUUACACUCGAGUUUCAGUUGUUGUAAACAUAUUUAAUCCAGCAGCUGUUAAUAAAACCAAGAAAAAAUAGAUAUAAAAGCACUCCUCAGUAAAUGUCGCUGCUAUAUCCAAAUAGUAUUACAUAAACGAAAUGAUAAAUAUUGAUCAUUCUUCAAAAUGUUUAAAUACGAUUGUUUGAAGUUUUGUUUUUUUAAUCAUGGACAUGCAGAAAUAAGGAUAAUGUUUUUUUUUCAAAACGCUGUAAAUACCUAAUGAAAGCCAAUUACAAUUGUAACAGGUAAUGAUAAACUCGUUUCAUAUAUGUACAAUUUGUUAAUUGUGACGACAAAUAUUCCUCGUUGAAUUAUUAUUAUUAGGUAUUAGAAUAUAGGGAAUCAUCUUCCGGUAACGAAUAUGACAACGUUAUGGUUACGGGCAAUAAUAUAGGGAAUGUUCCUCACCGUGAUGAUCCUGCUCUCAAGGAAGUAGAUAAGACAGUCAUGAUAGGGAUACAUGAGUUACCUGCACCAAUUAAGGAAGAGCAAAAGAAAUGUGAAGAUUCCAAUAUGAGCAAGCUUGGAGAAGUAAAACAUCUUAUUGAAGAAAAUAUGGAAUCAUCUUCCGGUAAGGAUUAUGACAACAUAACGGAUUGGACCAAACAUACAGGGCAUAUAUCUGACCGUGAUGAUCAAGCUCUCAUGGAAGUAAAUAAGACAGUCAACAAAGGAACACAUGAGAUACGUGCACCAGUUAACGAAGAUCAAAGGAAAUGUGAAGUAGAAAAUAUGGAAUUAUCUUCCGGUAAAGAGUAUGACAACAUUACGGAUUGGACCAAACAUAUAGGGAACAUAUCUGACCGUGAUGAUCAACCUCCCAGGGAAGUAGAUAAGACAGUCAACAUAGGAACACAUGAGAUACGUGCACCAGUUAACGAAGAUCAAAGGAAAUGUAAAGUAGAAAAUAUGGAAUUAUCUUCCGGUAAAGAGUAUGACAACAUUACGGAUUGGACCAGACAUAUAGGGAAUAUAUCUGACCGUGAUGAUCAACCUCUCAUGAAAGUAGAUAAGACAGUCAAUAUAGGAACACAUGAGAUACGUGCACCAGUUAACGAAGAUCAAAGGAAAUGUGAAGAUUCCAAUAUGAGGAAACUUAGAGAAGUGAGACAUCUAAUUGAAGAUUCGAUAACAGAACUUUUUCAAAGCUCAGUACCAAUAAAAGAUGUUGGUUUACAUUCAGAAAGAAUCUUCAACCGGGAUUAUUUUUCAAGAAAGACAAUGAUGAUGAGGAAUAAACAAUUAGUUAUGAAGCCAAUAGUCAGUUUCGAUAUAUAAUUCUUACACUGCUGUUAAUGUAUAACAAAUGAAGUCCCUAAGUUUGUAUUAAAUAUUCAAUUGUCUUGUACCAAUGGAAAAUGACUUUUCUAUUUUUGAAUUUGUUUAAAGGACAAAAUUGAAGCAUAUAUAUCAGUAUUCAAGUUCAAAUUUGUAUAUUAAAUUGUGCAUUAAAAUCAAUAACGUGUA